CAUAUUCCACACACACACACACACACACACACACAAGAGCAUCCAGCAAGCCUGUCUUAGCACGGUGCAUAUUUCACACAAAGCAGCAGCCACCAGCAAGCCUAUCUUCCUUACCAACAUAGUAGAACCGAAACCAUGAGCUCUGCCAGUGUGAUAGGUAGCAUGUUGCUCCAGCUCAUCUGUUUGGCAGCUUCACCAUGGGUCUCUGGAGUGGCCGGAGGGAUCUUGCAUAUACCCUCUGAAGCAUCCCUGGCUCACUGUCCCUCCAGCUGCGGAGACGUGGACUACAUCGCCUACCCAUAUGGGAUUGGGCAGGGAUGCUUCCGUCCGGGCUUCGAGCUCACCUGCGACAACACCACUAUGCCUCCCAGGCUCCUUCUGGGAGGCAGAGGCAGCAAAACCGUGAUCACCGGCCUUAAUACCAUCUAUGCUUGGACACCUAUUGGCUUCAACAUUACAAUGAGACCAGGCACAAAAACCCACAACGUGUCUUGGGAAUCCCCUGCCAAGGGCACCAUCAAUCUCCAGGAGCGCUCUAAUACUCUGUAUGUCAUCGGCUGUGGUGUGGAGGCAUUCUUGUACGAUCACGACACCGGCGAUACACUCGGCUCAUGCAUGAGUACAUGCACAUCCAACAUGGAGAAGGAAGCAGAAGGCUGCGAUGGCGUCGGCUGCUGCCGGAUCCGCAUCAAAAGGGAGUUGGGAGGCUUUCAGUUAACACUUGCCCGCCUCGACGACUUCGUCCAACAAUCAGAUGAGCUGCUGUCUCAUGUCAAGGUCUUCGUUUCAGAACUAGGGGAUUUUGGUUUUCGUACAAGUGAUCUUUUCUCAGGCUGGAUAAACACAAGCAGAUGGCACUAUGAGGAUGCGGAACUCCGGGGUUCUAUAACGGACCAGCCUAGCUGCCAAAUGGCAUACAAGAAUAAGGCCUAUGUUUGUACCGCCAACAGCGAUUGCCGCAAUGCAUCGCACGGCUACUAUUGCUGGUGCUCCGAAUAUUAUGAAGGCGGCAAUCCUUACGUUAUUGACGGUUGCAUCGAAGGUUACAAUCCAGUUCCUAAAAAGGAUUGCUCAAGAUCAUGUGGAAACACAAGCAUUCCUUUUCCUUUCGGGGUCGAAGAAGGUUGUUAUGCUCAUGAAAAGUUUGGGCUUAACUGUACAACGGAUAAUGUCACCGUACUUGAUCGGGGAGUAAUAAAAUAUCAUGUGUACAAUGUAUCAGUGGCCGAUGGUUAUUUAAGUGUAAGAAAUAUACCGAACGAUACAGCAUACAACUUCCAAGAGUUCAUGGUACCCACCAAAGAUGGUGAAGAAGCGAUGCAAGAUGGUGCCCGCAAUGAUAUAUUUGAGUUGUCUCAAGAAUAUGACAUGCAAAUGUGGUGGGCUGUUAGGAAUAUAACUUGUCAAAAAGCUAUGAAACAUAAAGCUACGUACGCAUGCCGCAGUGUCAACAGCAACUGCCUUCUUGUCAACCAUGGGAAAAAACAGCUUGGCUAUCGGUGCAAUUGUUCCCAAGGAUUUCAGGGAAAUCCGUAUAUUGAAGAUGGGUGCAAAGACAUCAACGAGUGCUUACUGCCAGAUUCUUGCAGCGGUAUAUGUCACAAUUUUGAUGGAGGUUACUAUUGCAUGAGUUGCCCACACGGAAAAGAAUUUGAUGCAACAAAAAGGAAGUGUGUUAUGUCAGUAAAGCAACGCAAUAUUCUUAUAGGAAUUGCAACUGGAAUAAGCUGUGGCUUUGGCUCAAUAAUUCUAGGGCUGAGUGCAAGUGUACUCGCUCAUAAGUGGAAGCAAAGCAUUCAGAAAAGUACUCGAAGAGCAUGGUUCAAGAAAAAUCAAGGCCUACUAUUGGAACAACUAAUUUCAGAUGAAUGCAGCACAAGCAAAACAAACAUAUUCACCUUGCAGGAACUUGAGGUGGCGACCAACAAUUUUGAUGCUACUCGUGUUCUUGGUUCUGGAGGACAUGGCACAGUUUACAAGGGGAUUCUAUGUGAUCAACGUGUGGUGGCCAUUAAAAAAUCCAAAAUUGAGAAGCAAGCUGAAAUAGACCAGUUUAUCAACGAAGUUGCUAUCUUGUCUCAAAUCAUACACCGCAACAUCGUGAAGCUAUUUGGUUGUUGUCUAGAAUCUGAAGUGCCCUUAUUGGUCUAUGAGUUCAUAUCUAAUGGCACGUUAUAUGAUCUUCUUCACACUGGUGUUGGGUGUUUGUUAUCAUGGGAAGAUCGUAUUAAGAUUGCAGUAGAGGCUGCAGGUGCUAUUGCUUAUCUCCACUCAGCUGCAGCAAUACCAAUUUUUCAUAGAGAUGUGAAGUCUUCCAACAUACUCCUAGAUGGCAGCUUCACCACAAAGGUGUCUGAUUUCGGUGCUUCAAGAUCUAUUUCUCUUGACGAGAGUCAUGUGGUGACUAAGGUCCAAGGCACGUUUGGUUACUUAGAUCCAGAGUAUUACCAUACCGGCCAACUAACUGAGAAAAGUGAUGUGUAUAGUUUUGGGGUGAUACUCGCGGAACUUCUCACAAGAAAGAAGCCGGUUUUUAAUGAUAAUUCAGGCAUAAAACAAAGUUUGUCUCAUUACUUCGUUGAAGGACUUCAAGAUGGAAUGCUUAUGGAAAUCAUCGAUCCUCAAGUUGUGGAAGAGGCAAACAAAGAAGAUAUUGGUGAAAUUGCCUCGCUUAUAGAAGUUUGCUUGCGUCUCAAAGGAGGAGAGAGACCUACUAUGAAAGAAGUAGAUAUGAGGCUGCAAUUCCUAAAGAGUGGGAGGCUAAGAAAGCUCCAAGCUUGCAGAGAUGAUGGAGAGAGCAAUUGUGUGAACGCUGUCAUUGUGAAAUCUGAAGGCAAUUCUGGGUGCUACAGUUUGGAGCAAGAGUUCCUGUUAUCGGCCAGUUUACAACGUUAAUUACAAGUGUACAAUGAAGCAACCGAAUACCCGUUUGGAUUCUGUAAGAUAAUGUAUUUUUCAAAUAACUUUGUUGGGUCGCAGUUCAUCUAUUUAGACCCGAGCAUGACAUUUACCGUCCGAUACAUUUGGAUAAUGUACAUGUAGUCCAUGUUGGUUGUGUACUGUUAAAACUACGGAAAAAACUGGGUGGCCACGUGUAGUCCCCUCUGUCGUAGGAUUUCCAUUGCAUUGGGAUCCAUGGCACAACUAUUUAAUGGUUCAUACAUUUAUGCACGCUGUAUGUCUAGACUU